CAUUGGAGCUCUCCACCCAACACUCCCGGGAAGCCCGGGCCGGUGGCAGGGGGCCAAGAGCUCGCGGGUGAGAGCGGCCUGGCCCUGCCCCUCCCUCCCCUGCCUCGCCUCCCCCUCCAUCCCCGGCUUCGUUUCCCUCGCUGUUUCUAAGUGUCUCCCACAUCUCAGUCUGCGUCGUCUCCUUUGUCUGCCCCUCUCGGCUCUCCUGCUUCUCACUCUGGGGCCGGGAGGUGGCCGCCUCUCCCGGCUGAGGCUAGUGGGGGCCCGGGGGACAGAUGUGGCCGCCACUCUCUGUAGCCGCCCCCACCAAAGACCACCGGAGGCUAAGGGGGAGCAGAAGGAAGGGGCGCCAAGCCUUGCUGCGGCCAUGCCUCCCGCCCUGUUCCUGUGGCCCCUCCUCCUGGCCUGCGCCCUGGGCCCGGCCCCCGCUCUGGCCCACCUGCCCAACGGCACCACCGGCCCGGCGGCCACGGGCCCCCUCCCGGCCCUGUUGGCCCACCUGCGCAGGCUGACGGGGGCCGUGACGGGGGGCGGCGGCGGGGGCGGCGGCGGGCCCGGCAACGGGACCUCGGGGGGCGGGGGGCAGGCGGCCCGGGCGCCCCUGCCCGCAGAGCUGUGCCACGGCUACUACGAUGUCAUGGGCCAGUACGACGCCACCUUCAACUGCAGCACCGGCUCCUUCCGCUUCUGCUGCGGCACCUGCUACUACCGCUUCUGCUGCGAGCACCGCCACAUGCGCCUGGCGCAGGCCUCCUGCUCCAACUACGACACCCCGGUCUGGGCGUACACCCCGCAGCCCUCCGACGCCGGGGGGCCCGGGGCGGGCGGCAACGGCGGGGGGCCCGGGCCCGGUCAGCCGGGCUGGCUGGAUGGGAACCGGGCGGGGGCCGGAGCCGGAGGGGCCGGGGGCAGGGGCGGUGAGGGGCCGGGGGGCAGCACGGCCUACGUGGUGUGCGGCGUCAUCAGCUUCGCCCUGGCCGUGGGCGUGGGCGCCAAGGUGGCCUUCAGCAAAGCCUCCCGGGCUCCCCGGGCUCACCGGGAGAUCAACGUGCCCAGGGCCCUGGUGGAUAUCCUGAGGCAUCAGGCGGGCCCCACCACCCGUCCUGACCGGGCAAGGAGCAGUUCCUUGACCCCAGGCCUGGGGGGACCCGACAGCAUCCCGCCCCGUCCCCCCAAAAACCUCUAUAAUCCCGUCAAGGCCUCCAACCACGACACGUUGCAUCAUAAUUACAUCCACCUCAAUGUCAACAGCCCCAAACAUCACGCUGCCACCCUGGACUGGCGGGCCCAGCCCCCGCCCAGCCCGGCCCUCCAUUACUCAACGCUCUCCUGCUCGAGGUCCUUCCACAACCUCUCCCACCUGCCCCCUUCCUACGAGGCGGCCGUCAAGUCGGAGCUCAGCCGCUACUCCUCCCUCAAGAGACUUGCCGAGAAGGACCUGGACGACGCCUACAUGAAGCGGAGGCACAUGGCCGAGCUGCCCCGCGGGACGCUGCCCCUGCACGCCAUGCGCCGGCCGGGCACCGGGGGCGGUGGCUACGGCGGGGCCGGAGAAGGCUGGGGCAGCCCCGAGGAGCAGGCCCCGAUGCCCAACCCCCGCCGCGUCAUGUCCCAGGAGCACCUGCUGUCCGACAGCGGCCGGGGCUCCCACUACGAGUUCACGCUGCCCCGGGCCCGCCUGGUCUCCCAAGAGCGCCUGUUGCUCUCCUCCCCCGAGGCCCUCCAGAGCCAGGAGCGGCUCCUGUCCCCGCCCCGGAGCCCCGCCCCGCCUCCAGACCCGCCCCGAGGGGGCCUGGCGGCCUCCCACACCAACCUGCUCCUGGGGCCCGGCCCCCCCACGCCCCUGCACGGGCUGCCCCCUCCCCUCCACGCCCACCACGCCCACCACGCCCACCACCUGCGCCACGGCCUGUCCCCCUCGGCCUGGGGGGGCAUGGGGCCCGAGGCGGGGGGCGGGGGAGGCACGCUGGCCCGGCGCCCGGCCUUCCAGCACCAGGGAGGCCUGGAGACCCUCCAGUUCAUCCCCGGCCACCACCACCCACAGCACCUGCGCACAGCCAGCAAGAAUGAGGUGACGGUCUGAGGGCCCGAAGCUGGCCCUCCCGGAGGCGCCCACCGCGCGAGGCCCGGCCAGGCUGCCCGGCCGCCGGGGGCCGCGGGGGCCUCGCCUCUGGGGCUCCGCCCCGGCCAGCGCGUCCCUUCUGCGCCACGAGCUCCAGAGGCUCCGGGCCUUCCUGGACCUCGCCCCCGCCACUCUCCCCUUGUCCCCGGUGAUCGCCUUCUCGUGACAUCACUGCCAAAGCCUUCGCCCCUUCCACGUGUUCCUCUCCCCCCGACGGCGUCUCCGGAGGCCCCCUCCCGACUCACCCCGAGGCUCCUGGGUGUCCCGAGGUGCUAGAGGCUCCCCCCCCCGCUGCUAGCCCCCUCGCCCACGGCGCCCCCUCCCGGGCACGUGGCCCUCCACGCGGCCAUCGGCAGAUCUCCGCCCCUCCCUGCUCCACCACGCCCAUCUCUGCGACGCCACCCGGGCCGCCCGGGCUCCUUCCCUGCGGAGCGUUCUCCUGGGGGUUCCGACCCUCUUGGGAGGCGACCCGGGAGCAGCGGGGGUCAGCAGGAGACUGGCCACGCCCCGCUGCGUUCCCGCCGGGCCCUUCCGUGGUGUCAUUUCCCAGAGGCCCCUCCCCGCUCCCGUUCCUUCCUGGGAUUUGGGCCUGAGGACUCCCACCGCCCCCCGAGAGUGUGAACUCGCUGCCAUCGCACGGGGGCGUUGGGGGAGCCUGGCCCUUAGCCCAGCCCUCUGGGCCCCGGCUCAGGCCUCUCCCCCUCGGCCGUCCGGCCUUCCUCCCUCCGGGUCCUCCUCAGAGGAGCCAGGGAAGGCGGCAGCUGGAGCCCCCGAUGGCCGGCCAUCUCGUCCAGCCCCGGCCGCCACCUCCCGCCCGAUGAGGGCGCUCGCAGCCUCUUCUCGAAGCCUCCAGGGAGCGACCCGCGCGUCUCUUGGGCUUGGGGGCAGCUCUCGUCGGGGACUUCUUCGCGGGAUCGGGGCCCACUCAGCAUCUUUGCAGGCCCCGCCACCCCAGCUCCGGCCUCGGGGCAAAUGGAAGAAAUCUCGUUCGUUCUGAGACAGCCCCCCGUUCCCCACCCCCUGUCCCCCCCCAGCCUCCCCGCUCAAGUCACGCUGUCCUCUCAAAGGACGUCUCCCGGUGGCCCCGGGCUGUCCUGGCUGAUCCGGGUCCUCCUUGCCCGGGGGCUCCCAGAACCGCGCCCAGCCUUGUGGGCGCGCCCUGACCAGGCAGCGAGCAGCCGGACUCGCCUCGCCUUCCCGCAGCCCCGGGGGCUCCCCACCCGGCAGCCUGACGGAGGCGGCUUCCUCGGCCCGGGGCCGGCCUGAGGGUCUGGGUCCCCGGGGCGUCCUCCUGCGCCUCGGGCCCCCGGCUUGAAGGCCCCCGCCCCCAGCCUGGGGGCCUCCCCUGGGACGGGCGGUCGCUUCCUUCCUGCCGGUCCCCGGGGCCCGUGUCGCGCCUCCCUCCGGUGACCGGUGUCGCCGCUGCUGUCCGGACGGCUGCCUCGAUGACGUCGCCUCCUCGGGGACCCUCCCCCCCAGCGGAUGUCACUGCUCACGGGCCUGGCCGAGAGUGACCCGGCCCCCCGGCGGGUGGGGCGGCUCGUGUCUGCCUGCGGGGGCGCUUCCUCCCCGCCGAGGAUGUCCUGGCCUCCCUCGGAGAUUCCUGCUCCGGGGGCUUGGGGAGCGGCCCCUUCUCCGUGAAAUCACUGCCUCUUUGCCCUCACUGCCGUGAGCUCUGCCCCCUCUGACUGCCUCGACCUCCGGCCCCCCCUCCCGGACUCGGGCUUCCCCUUUGGGGCUGGGGGUGGGCAGAGGGAAGCCUGGAGGAGCCGGCAGGGGCUGAGACCAUUCUUAAGGCAUCUCCCCUUCCCCUCCCCCAGGGAGCCUUUCUGGUGUUUGGGGGCUCCCCCAUUCCCCACGCACAACUCAUCCUCCCCUUGUACAUAGCCAUGAUUUGGGGGUGCCUAUACCCCAACACUAAAGGGCUAAACCCUCCCCAGCCCCAGGGCAAGGUGGGGGGCUCCUCUCCCCGACCGUCCCCAGCCCUCCCCCCAAUGCCUGCACUUCUGCCCUCAGCUCCAGCUGCACCUUAGUGGUGAGACCAGGCCCUUGGCAGGGCGGGGGAGGAGCCGGCGCUGCCCGGCAGGACUCCUUUGUGCGAGGCCCCCGGGCCCACGCCCCACAGCCCACUCCAUGGGGCCUCCCAGCCUUCCCCACUCCAGAACUCUCUCUUCCGUUUGUCCCCCACCCCCAUUCUGCUCCCUCCCUUUGUUUCCCUCUCAAGGACCCAGGUGGGCACUAGCCCAUCUGCCCGGGGUGCCCGCGCCCCCUUGAUGAUUAUAAGCCAUAAUGGGAAAAGGCCAGGGCAGGGGGGGAGGGGGGAUGGAGCGGGACAGGCUUUGGGAGCAGAGCAAAGCUGCAGGAAUCCAGCCUCUCCCACCCCAGGACACUUUGGACCUUUUCUGUUCUGGAAUUGCUGGGGUGGAGGAGGGAGGAGGGAGCACUCCGUGGGAGAGGACGCCCCAGCCCUCGCCCCGUGGGAGAGCAGCUCCAGCCCUCGCCCCGUGGGAGAGCAGCUCCAGCCCUCGCCCCGUGGGAGAGCAGCUCCAGCCCUCGCCCCGUGGGAGAGCAGCUCCAGCCCUCGCCUCUCCCUCUCUGCUCUCCGCCUGAGUGAAGCCAGAGUUGUAUCUUUGAGAUUUUUGGAAUAAACAGGUGUUUUCCUGC